UGUUUUUCAAGGAAACAAACCAAACAAACCCAAAUCUUUCCUCUCUCACCUCUCCCUUUCGCUCUUCUCUGGUUCAUCUUUUCUGUUACGGUAUGGCUCUAAGAACCCUAGAAUCUUCUCUUUGAAUCUGUCGUCUCUUGCUCUAGAAGGGUUCUUGAAGAUUUCUGACUUCUCCAGUAGCUUACUGGUUUGAAAGAGUUCUCAUUGAAGAGGUCCUCAAUUUCAUCAUAUUUACGUACAAGUAGAGAGAGAGAGAGAGAGAGAGAGAGAGAGAGAGAGAGAGAGAUUGUGAAGGCGAGAGAGAGAGAGACAGAUCGCGAUCGUCUGGGAUGUUCGAUCGACUGAUGGAGCUUGGAGCUUCGAUCUGAGAGAGACAGAUCGCGAUCGUGUGGGGUGUUCGAUCGACUGAUGGAGCUUGGAGCUUCGAUCUUCAACUGGAUUCAUGGAGCUUCGAUCUUCGACAGAGAGGGAGAGAGAGAAUUGUACAGAGAUGGCCAUCUCCAUCUCUGCUUCUAACCAUGCAAUCUGGGAAGAAAUCGAACGUUCUGAAAGCUACCUUGUUUCCUGCAUGUAUGAGGAAGCAACAUCAAUUGCCUCUUCUGUUCUAAGGGAUUUAUGUCAUAAUAAGUUCAUUAAAGCUGGAGAAGAAACUCAAUUGAAUGACAUGUUGGAAUCAGCCAGUAUGGUGCUAGUUCAAUCCUGGAAGGAGCUUAGGAGGACACAAGACAUAUUAAAUGAGCUUUUGCUGUUGUUUGGUUCAGUCACUGACAUUCCUGUUCAAGUUUUUCUAGCUGGGGUGUGUUUUCAGAUAUCGGAAGGUCCUUGUUCGGGGACUCAAGAAUUUCUUGAGGAAUUUCUUAGCAAGUGGAGAUUUUUGGAUGAACGAUACUAUGUUCUUGCAAGUUUAGAAUCAAAUAUGGAUUAUAUGGAAGGAUCUAGUGGUUCUUUUUUGCUAGAAGUUGACAAGUACUUGGAAGUUGUUGAAGUCUAUGUUAUAACACUUCUUGGGAUGGUUUUGAGAGACAUAGACCAUGCUAUCUGUUGGGUUGAGAAAGCCACAUUACCUGAGGAAAAGCGACAGGACCUUUUGAGGAGAUUACACUCUCUUUAUUCUCCCAAGGCCCAUGUAUCAUCACAAGGUUCUGUCGUAGCUUUGCCAGGUGACAAACAUGAGACUCGUUCUUCUCUAAAACAACAAAACACAUCUGAGGGAUCUCCAGAAGCCUUCAAAGCCUCAUACCCAUUCAAAGGAGGGAAUGAUAUGAAACGAGCAGUUUUAAAAUUGUCUCAAAGAGUUCCAUGCUUUUGGUGGUUCCGUACAAUCACGUUUAAGUUUGGCAAUGGUCAGCUGGUCAUAUCAAAUGGGAAAAUUGUACUUGGCUGUUUUAUGAUUCUCUUGUAUUAUGUUUUGCAGAGGAAGCAAGCCACAUUAAAGAGGAUUUUCAAAAGACAAGCUUUGUCCAUGAAGAAGGCUUUGGUGGACUUGUGGCAGCUUGCCUUUUCUUACCAAGUGAACCCUCUAGCUGCUGUUCAAUCUGUCCCUGCUGCAACCCGUGGGACCCGCUAAUGGUGCCGUGCUGUUUUACUGGACUCUUCUCAAGGCUAUAUGGCAAAUUAGCAAUCAGUAAAUUUUUUUUGUAUUAUUUUAUUUUUUUGAACUGGUAUGGAUAAUUUAUUUUAAGACAAAUUUCACUUUGUCCCUUGUGGACUAAAGUGCACUGUUGCAAUCAGUGUACAUAACAAUAAAAUGUUUACAUCGAGGUCCCUUUUUAGGUAGCUAGUAGUAUGUGGGCUCAAGAAGUUUUUAUGACAGUCCUCAUUGCCAGUGAACGAAAGCAAUGUCAAUAAAUUCUGUGGACCUUUAAUCUGCUGUUUCUCAAUAGUGCAUCAAAUUUGUAGCAGAUGACUGGGCUUGCUACUAGCUUUUCUAA